GCUCUGUGGCAGCCGCUCUGGCCGGUCUCUCUGUGACUGGCCGCCGCGGUGCGCAGUUGCCAUAGCGCCGCCGCCGCCGAGCGGGGGCUCGGGCCGACCCGCAGCCCGGCCCCGCCGCCCUCUGCGAGACGGGGCCGCAGAAGGAGGCGGGUGGGGACAAUUGCAGCACUGCUAAAUUGAUGUUAGAGACAGAACUUGUCUGCAUGCCAAGUCUUCGAACCGCCUCAUGGUCUACCUUCAGAGACAUCUUAAACCUGCAGAUAGCUGUGUCUGAUAGUCAUGAGUGGUGCUGUGGUGCUGAUACUAUCUCUGAACUCUUCUUUACUAUGUGGGCAAGCUGUUGUAAUUGGCUUUGUCUGGAUGGCUCAUCUGAAGAGAUGCAGCCGCAGCCGCAGCAGGGAGCCAGAGCCCAAGCCUAUUCCAACCCUGGGUACAGCUCCUACCCGUCUCCCACGGCUUCUGAACAGAGCUGCAAAGCCUGUGGGGUGCGCUUCGACAGCUCCUCGAGGAAGCACAUCUGCUUGGACUGUAAGAAGAAUUUUUGUACGUCCUGCUCAAACCAGCCCGAAGGCGGUCCCCGUCUCUGCCAUCUAUGCCAGCGUUUCCGAGCCACAGCUUUUCAGCGGGAAGAAUUGAUAAAGAUGAAAGUGAAGGAUUUGCGAGACUAUUUGGCACUCCGUGAGAUUUCCACAGAGUUGUGUCGUGAAAAGGAGGACCUGGUAUUUCUGAUUCUUGGCCAGCAGCCUGUAAUUACCCAGGAAGAUCAGAUAAGAACAAGUCCAUUCCAUACUAGUGCCUCUGGACAGCAAGACUUUGUGAUUCUCCCACCAACCAGCAUAGCAUCUUCUACCUCACACGAUGCGUCUCCCAUGUCUGCAGAUCCCAUCUCAAGUUCAUCAGCUCAGGAACAUCAACAGGCAAAUGGGUAUGUGCCUCCAAGCCAAGUCGGUGUUGCAGGAGUUGAGAAUGCAGCAGAAGCACCAACAGAGGAGGAGACACAGUCUACUGACUCAGAAGAUAACCUGGUGCAGGGGAGGAAGGCUUCUCUCUCUGAUCUAACAAGCAUUGGAGACAUCAAUGCACUCUCUGUGCGACAGCUGAAGGAAAUUCUUGCCCGCAACUUCGUCAACUACAAAGGCUGCUGUGAAAAGUGGGAGCUGCUAGAGAGGGUGACUCGUCUGUAUAAAGAGAAAGACCUUCAACAUCUAGUUUCCGACACUGAUGAUCAAACCGGUGGUGCUGGGCUCCCUGGCACAGAGGACAACCUCUGCAAAAUCUGCAUGGAUGCGCCCAUUGACUGCGUCCUGCUGGAAUGCGGCCACAUGGUCACUUGCACCAAGUGCGGGAAGCGGAUGAGCGAAUGUCCCAUAUGCAGGCAGUAUGUGAUAAGGGCCGUCCAUGUCUUUAAGUCCUAAGUGCGUGUAGGGAAGAGUGGUGAUGCCUUAAAGCCUCAUCUAUCGUUAGAGGAAUGGUCAAAAUUGCUACAAAUAGUUAGGUUGGACAUUAUCAUAUGGACCCCUUCGAUAGCUGGAAGUGAUGGAAGGAUGAAGCCUGGGGGAAAAAUGCUCUUGCUCAAAGCCGUGCCUGGCUGUGCUCUUCCCACUAUAGUGCUUUACACCACAGUGCCUGGACUCCUCGGAACUCCUUGCCAGCAGCAGACACAGAAAUCAUUAACCACCUCUGUUCUAGAAUAACUUGACCCACGGGUUUUGGGGGCAGAUGGAUGCUUGGCUUUCCACCACAAAGAUGAGACUGGGAGGCUUCGUAUUUUCCCUUGAAUAAUAAACAAAAGUGGACCGGGAUCUCAGAAAGUGACAUUUGUUUUGCUGCUUAGGCUAUACACCCAGCAACAACUUUAUUUUCAAAGAUUAAAAAUGUUACUGUGCUCAUUAGUUUUUUUUUUUUAAUUUAAUGUUAAAUUCAUAUGCUUGCAGGACAGGCAGACUGCCUUAAUUUUUUUCUAUGUUCAGAGUAAGCAUAAUUCUAGCCUAGUGCAAUUGUGGGGAAAUGUAUAAUUUUAUUUAAAGAUGGACUUUGUGUUAUUGAAAAAUGUAAGGGGAGUGAGACUCCGAAACAUACAGCCUUACCUUGUGUGGUGGUGGUUUUCUGUUUACAUGCCAGUGAUCCUAGUUUGACUGUUGUUGAUUCCUUUGACUUCACAGGCUUCCUUACAGUAUGCCAGCAAUCGCUUUAAAACUAAACUGACUUCACUUGAUUAAGGAGCUACAAAUCUAAGGCUUGAGACCUUUAGAGGGUUUAGCAGGGAAAACACACAGCUGAAGAGCAGUAAGGACUCUGUUGCCACACAAUCAUACUUAAGUACAGGUGACUUUCUUUUUACAGGGGAGAUGUGAAAGCAAGCAAACUUUAUCUCCCUUGAAUCAGUACGAUGAGCAAUCAUCACUGCAGAUGCUUGUUUACUAGCCAGCUUCUUCCCUCUCCUGCCCUUUGCUCCGUUUUACAGUCAUGUCCAGACUGCUUAUCAAAAGCAAUUCAUUUGGUUCUUUCUGCUUGUGAGGGUUCCGUGCUCUGAUACGUGACAAUUGUAAGCCCUUACGCUAUCCUCACCAACAGCAGGUGCAUUUGGAAGCCUUGCUGGAGAAAAUUGUAACUGGUAUACUUUUCCCCUCAGUGGCCUGCAAGCGUUCAGUCCGUUCGGCUGGUAACUCAGCUACGUUUCAGAAUCUUGAUGCCUUAAGUUUCCAGCCAUGGUGGGAUUGCGUAUUCAUUUCAAGUCAUUUGUGAAGUUGAGUACAUUCUGCUGCAGGUUUUUCUUGUCUAGUGUUCCCCUUUAUGGGGGGGGCAGUGGGUGACUACAGUGUUCAAACUGAAUCUGCACAGCUGCCAACAGCAGAACAGCAUAAAAACCCAAGUGUCUGCUUACAGCUUCUGGAGCAGUGGAAGUGCAGUUACAGAACUGACCACCAAAGCCAUCUACUUUUGCAAUAAGUGGUAGUGUAUGUUAACAGCAAAUUAGGCUUGUGUAAUCUUGAACAUGGAAUAUUGCACGAGUGUCAACUCGCUUCUCUACUGGUGUGGAGUGUCUCUGCUCUGCAAGCUGGAAUCAAAAAAGCACUUAAGAAAUCUGUCACCCAGUAGGUAGCAGAGCCUUUGUGCUCCUGAGGUGGACUCUGAACUCCACAAAAAUGCAACAGCUGCUGAGGUUUAUUGAACUAAAAAUGCUGAGAUUUACCUUGUUCCCUGUUCAGGUUGUUCUCUAAUCUUUGGCUUAUGGUUUAACAGCUUCCAGCAUGAGAGCACUGGUGCAAGUCAAUGCAUCGUAUUAAAAAAAAAAAACCAAAACAAAACCUGCAGGUAAGCAGUAACUGUAUUUACUCUUCCAGAGGUUCCCUGGGACCUCUCUGAGAGGUACAGGAAUACAGAGUGUUCAACAGCCUCACUUAGUAAAUUCACUGUGAAAAUUCAUGUUAUCAUUUUUCAAUAAACUCAGGGCUGGGGGAAUUUAGCAGGAAGAUUAUUCCCCUGUGGACAGAUGUACUUUUACUUGUAGAGGGUAGGCUUAUUUUCUACAGCAGCUAAACCAAGUUGAUCAAUGCCUGAAAUUUUAGGAGUGAGAUGAUAUACCCACCCUAUGACUCUGAAACGGGCUUUCUGAAGGGACAACUCUCUUUUCCUGACUACAGUGUUUCUCUUGCAAAAGUGGAUUCUCUAGUAUGGAUAAGAUCAAGUUGUUUUUUGAAGGAGAAAACUGAUUAAUGAUCCAAAGGAAUAUAAUGAUCUGAACUAAUAAAAUGGAAAUAUUUAUGUGCUUUAUGUACACUGUACAUAGUUUAAAUAUUUUAAAAAGUUAAUAUUCUACUUGAAAUGGCAUGUUAUUCGCUAUUAAAUCCUCUUGGUACUAUGAUGGUUAAACUUACUAGUUUUGGUACAGAACUUUGGUUUAUAAUUUUAUAAUAAAGUUGAAAUAUCAAUUAGGUAA